UUAGCCUGUGGCAGUUGAGUUUGAAUUUAGUGGCGGCGGGUGCUUGUCCGAGUAGGCGAAGAUCCGCUCCGGCUCAGCUGGCCCGGCGAGGUUUUUUUUCUCGGCCCCUGUUUCGGGACGCACAGUCCCCCGCAGCCUCCUCCGAAGCGCCAUGGCUCCGGCUAGGAAGCGCGGCAGUCGGGUAGCUAAGACCACCAACUCGUUACGGAGCCAGAAGAUCGCCUCCUUUCUUAAAGACUUCGACCGUGAAGUACAAAUUCGAUCCAAGCAAAUUCAGUCAGAUGGGCAGAACCUCCUCAAGGAGAUAGAUAACCUAUAUAACAUCGAGAUCCUGCGGCUCCCCAAAGCGCUGCGCGAGAUGAACUGGCUCGACUACUUCGCCCUCGGAGGAAACAAGCAGGCCCUGGAAGAGGCAGCAACUGCUGACCUGGAUAUCACAGAAAUUAACAAGCUAACAGCAGAAGCUAUUCAGACACCCCUGAAGUCUGCUAAAGCACGAAAGAUAAUACAAGUGGAUGACAUGAUAGUGGAAGAAGAAGGAGAAGAAAAACACAAGAGUCUUCAAACUGCAAGAGUCAAAAGGUGUCCUCCAUCUAAGAAGAGAGCCCAGUCGAUUCGAGGAAGAGGCAAAAGCAAAAGGUCUAGCCACAAUGACAUGUUCACCCCAGCUACGAGCCGACUGGAGAUGUCCAUGGUGAAACCAACUCCAGGCCUGACCCCCCGGUUUGACUCGAGGGUCUUCAAGACCCCGGGCCUGCGCACUCCAGCAGCCAGAGAGCAGAUUUACAACAUCUCGGUGAACGGCAGCCCUCUCGCUGACAGCAAAGACAUCUUCCUCACCGUGCCAGUGGGCGGCGGGAAGAGCAUGCGGUUACUGGCUAGUGACUUGCAGAGGACGGAUAUCGCACACCUGGACCCAGAGGCCCUGGGGAACAUCAGGAAGCUCUCCAGCCGGCUCGCCCAGAUCUGCAGCAGCAUACGGACCUACAAAUGACAAGCCAGACUCGCCAGGAUGGGCCUCGCUGGACACGUCCAGGCCCUGGAGAGACAUUCCCUUCAGGCUUUUGUUUGUUCGGGUGCGAGGUUCCAGAGCAAGGAGGAGUGUUCCUCCUGGGGAGUUCGGAAAGGGGAGACACUCUGUCCCCUAAGUUAGAUGCGUGUGUAAUUUUGUGACAUGACUGUUCCCAGUAGUUCAGCCCUGUUCAGGCUGAAUUCUUUUCAACUCAUUUUAUCCUCCUUUUCCUGAAACUUUUGUACAUAUUGUUUUCCUGAGUAACGGUAUCUGUAAGCUGGUUUGUUCUGAGCGCACCUACUGAAAGGUACCUGCUUUCAAUAAAUUCUGGGGUUUUUGUUUUUUAA